AUGAGUCGUCUCUGGUGCUUUUUGCUUAUCACUACAUUGUGCGUUGAGUUGAAUAAUGCGGGAGUGUUGGAGAAAAACUCCGUACACUUCAAAAACUCUCUUGGUCCAAACGAUAUUCUCAGGGUCGAUUGUUUAUCUAAAGAUGACUCUCUAGUCCACGAUUUGAAGCCUGGACAAACCUAUGAUUUUAGUUUUAAUGACAGUAUCUUGAAGACCAUAUUUGAUUGUACCUUAUCGCAUGGACAGGGUUUCAUUCAUCAGGCAAGCUUUAAGGCAUAUGAAGGUGGUGGUUUAAUAGUUCAUUAUGGUAAGGAGAAUUUUUGGGAUGCUAGAGAAGACGGAAUUUACUUUACACAUGGUAAAGAAACGCCCAAGUUAGAGUAUAAGUGGUCAUAA